UUGAAUUACUAUACGGAAGAAAGGUUAACAUACCAGGAGUACUGCAGCAAGAAACACAGCAGGUAAGUUACAAUUAUGAAAUGUAUGUAAAUAAACUAAGAGCGAGAAUGCAGGAAGCCCACAGAGUGGCCAGAGACUCGAUUAUAAGAAGUAAGAAAAUCAGUAAGGAACAGUAUGACAUGAAACAAAAUCCAAAAAACUUCAAGGUAGGAGAUAAAGUAUUACUGCACGAUGAGUCGGUGAGACGGGGUAGAUCUCGGAAAUUAGAUUCACAAUGGAGAGGUCCAUUUGAGGUAGUAAAAGUGGAAGGUCCUAACGUAGUAAUAAAAGUUAAAAGAAAUAAGGGAACAAAAGUACAUGCCAACAGGCUGAAACAAUUCUUUUAAAUUUCAGGUAUGGCACUCAAGUGGCAGGUCGUGAAAUUCGUCAUAGUGAUAACAGCAUACUACAUCACUGCAUCAGAGCAUGCAACAAAUGAGUACCAAGUGACGCCAUUUCCGAGUUCAUCAGGACUAUAUUACGAUAAUAGAGGACAGGUAGAAAUAUACAGUACCACAUGGAGAAUAGUCACAUACGUAAAUCUAGAUAUAAUAACAGAAAGGUUUCAGAAUGCAGAGAGGUAUGGUAGGGCAGCGGUACAAAGGUGCCGAGAAACACUAACACAAUUAAAUGUAGGAUUAAUAGAAUGCAGGGUACUAGACCAACAAGUAACCCAUCAUGUGGAAAAAAUCACAGGAUUGCAACUUUUAGUACAGCAGCUAACGAAACACGAGACCAGAAGGAAGAGAGGAGUAUUCAACUUCGUCGGGCAGGUAAGUAAAAUACUGUUCGGGACGUUGGACGAAGCAGAUGCAGCAUACUAUAAGGAAAGAAUAGACGCUAUGGAGAAAAACUCAGAAGGGUUGUUGAGGCUAACAAAGGAACAGGUGGCAGUGGUAAGAGCCACAUUGGCGGGAGUAAACAGGACGGUAUAUACACUAGAGUCAAAUGAGCACGUUCUGAAGACAGGCAUGCAAAGACUAGAACGAUUCAUGAAGGAAUACGUGAAGGAAACCGAUAUAGGGUUUAAACGUGUAGCGUCCUUCGCCACAGUAACAGAGCAAGUAUUACAACUAUCGGCAGUGUUUGGUCAGAUCGAAGAGAAAUACGAACAAAUGAUAAAUGCCAUUGUAAAUGCUCAGAAAGGAAUACUACAGCCUCAUAUAAUUAAUCCAGUCCAAAUUGUAAAAUACCUAAGUUUAAUACGGGAAGAACUAAAAGAUGUAAAGUUUCCUGUUCCUCUUACGGAGUCCUCAGGUUAUCUAUUGUUAAGAAUAAUUGAUUUAGAUGUUUUCAUCUCGGGUAGCAUACUAGGAUAUGUAAUUAAUAUUCCAUUAAUAAAUAAUAACAAUUUCAAUUUGUAUAGAGUACUCCCACUACCAAAAGAAAUUCCAAACAUGAAAGGUAAAUAUGUGUACAUACAACUGGUGCACGCGCCGAUGGCGGGCGACAACGGUCGAAAAGCACCGCCGUCGUCCCACCUGGGUCAAUCUACGCAGAGUGGCGAUACGGUGAAUCAGGAGGGCCGCACAUUUGCGGGGAAAGUCAACGAGCCCAAGGCCACCGUCGACCUUUGGCAGUGUACAAGUCUGCGCAUCUACUUUGAAGAGUGCAUGCCGCCACAAUAG